AUCAGCGAGUGUCAGACCGACGCCGAGUGUCAGCUGGGAAAACGCUGCUUGCAGGGCAAGUGCACGGCCGUUCAGGUCAUCCAGUGCUACAGCGACGCCAACUGCGCUUACGGUCAGCAGUGUCAGAAUUUCCAGUGCAGGCAGAAACUGACCAACCAGUGCAGCAGCCACGCAGAUUGUCCCUACGACCAGCAAUGCCAGAACUACCGGUGUACGGUGGUGCUAGUGCAAACUCAUCAAUGCAACAGCAACGCAGAGUGUCCUUACGGCCAGCAAUGCCAAAACUAUCAAUGCACGGUGGUACCGGUGGUACUUGUACAGACCCAUCAAUGUAACAGCAACGCAGAGUGUCCCUACGGGCAACAAUGCCAGAACUAUCAAUGCAAGACGGUCCAGACUCCCCAACGUACCACCAACGCAGAGUGUCCCUAUGGGCAGCAGUGCCAGAACUAUCAGUGCAAGACGGUCCAGACUCCCCAAUGUACCACCAACGCAGAGUGUCCCUAUGGGCAGCAAUGCCAGAACUAUCAGUGCAAGACGGUCCAGACUCCCCAAUGUACCACCAACGCAGAUUGUCCCUAUGGGCAGCAAUGUCAGAACUAUCAGUGCAAGACGGUGCAGACUCCCCAAUGUACCACCAACGCAGAGUGUCCCUACGGUCAACAAUGCCAGAACUAUCAAUGCAUACCGGUACAAACCAAUCAAUGUCGCACCGAUUCCGAUUGCCCACAGGGUCACCGUUGUUUGCAGGGUAAGUGCGCAGCCGUCCAGCCUAACGAGUGCAACGAAGAUGCCGACUGUCCACUCGGACACCAGUGCCUCCAGAACCAAUGCAGGCCGGGACAGGCCAACCAAUGUUACAGCGACUCCCAGUGCCCUCACGGACAAGUCUGCAGGGCUAACCAGUGCACGGUUGUUCAGACCGGACAGUGCCAGAAAGAUACCGACUGUCCCUUCGGCCACGCCUGCUGGGAGAACGAGUGUACCCCGGGUAAGUCGAAGAAGUGCCACAGCGACUCAGAGUGUGGUGUGAACCAGAAGUGCCGGGAUGGCGCGUGCACGGAUGUGACGGGGCCGCAUCAGUCUUGUUCAAUCAAGGUACCUUGUCCGCCCGGCCAGAAGUGUCGCGACGGUGUCUGCCAGGAAGCGGACGACUCGAGCAUCUCCUGCUGGCAGAACUCCCAGUGCAAGUCUCACGUGUGCAGCAGUCGCGGGUUCUGCGCCGAAUGCUCCAACGACGACCACUGUGCCCUUGGCCACUUUUGCUACAACUACCGCUGCGAGAAGCGUCUGCCGACCCUCAGUAAGUGCAAUGCCAACAAUCAGUGCUGGUCAGACAUCUGCAGCAACGGCCUCUGCGUCAACUGUCGCAGCUCCUCCGACUGCCCGGGCCACCAGUUCUGCAACGUGUUCAAGUGCCAGGCGCUGGGUCUGUACAACGAGGGCUGUCGCGCCGACAGUCACUGCCAGUCCGGCAAGUGCAGCAAGCUCAACACCUGCGUGCACUGCAAGGGGCAGGCCGACUGUCAUCCGGGGGAGUUCUGCAGCUACAAGGGCCUCUGCGAGACGAAAGCCGACCUCCUGGACAACUGCGAGUCUAACACUCAGUGUGUGAGCGGCCUGUGCGGGUACAGCGGCUUCUGCGUGCAGUGCCGCGUCAACGCCGACUGCGACGCCCAGGAGCGAUGCAAGGACUCCGUCUGCCGACCGAAGCUCUCGCUCGGACACUCCUGCAAGCACGACACGGACUGCUCCUCGAGCAAGUGUCGCGGCAACGUGUGCGUCCAGUGCACCAGCCGCUCCCACUGCUCCCGCGGUGAGUUCUGCCAGGCGGGCGUCUGUCAGGCCAAGAGUCCCCUCGGCGCCAAGUGCGAGGAGGACGAUCAGUGCGCCUCCACGCACUGCAAGCGCGGCCUGCGCGAGUGUGUGGCCUGCACGAGGGACGUCCACUGCGGCUCCGGCAGGUUCUGUAUCGACGACAGGUGCCUGGAGCGGAUCCCCGUCGGCAGCUGCUGCCGGAGCUCCGCCACGUGCGAGUCGGGAGCCUUCUGUGACUCUGAGACGGACGGCCCGGCCCUGGCGCGGUGCACUUCCCAGAGCCAGCGGGGAGUGUGCGCCUUCCAGCCGGACGGUGACGGCACGGGGGUGGAUGAUAGCGGACGCAGAUAAGGAUUAUGAACGGCUGGAAACCCACGGUAAACUAUUUCCUCAAAGAGAUCUUCGAUAUUAACGAGAGGUGCGAGGCCAUGAAUGGAGGAAUCUGAGAAACGUAUGCUCGAAAGACCAGUACUUGAUGGAAAAAUGACAGACUCCGCGAGCUCUAGACCCUUUAGGGCAGUGGUCGGCAGGUCCUCCGGGGUCGUGCCCCCUUUUUUGGCGCCAGGCAGGGCCAUUACCCCCACCUACCAGACCCCAUUGGUGAUACAACCAAGGUUACUGAAAUUCCAUACUUUUCCGUGACUCUUUGGGUACCAUAUCUGCGAGAAACCGCAGGCCCCCUCCCCUGCGGUUCUCGCAAAUAUAUCAAAAACGUUGGCACGGAGCGCCACCAUUUUGGAACAUUUUAUCAUACAUCGUUUCUGCACAUGUUGUGAAUAUUUCAGACCAGAGUCACUCGAGGUCAGGUCACCAGAUCACGUCAAGUGACCUCACCUCAGUAAAG